UGCGCAGCAGCGCUGGCAACAGGCUUCCUGCUGGCUCCCUGACAACAGCCAGGUAGACGCCGCGGCUCCCCUGGAAACGCGGAGAACAGGUCCCCCGGCCCCCCGUCAAUGGGUUCCGACAGGCCGUCCUGGUGCAGAGCGUAGGCUGAGCGUGGAGACAUGUCGGGUCGCUCUGCUGCAGAGAUGGACGACCCGCAGGAGCUGCCCGAGCUGCCGGCAAAGAAGGUCAAGAUUGAGACGAAUGCUGGACCAGAGAAGGAGAAAAGUACGCUGGGUGAAGACAGGAAUCCAGCUGCGGGUUUAACGCCGUCGGAGCAGGGCGGCUCUUACUCGGCCCUGUCCACCGUCCAGCUGGAUGCAGGUGAGCAGGAGCAGGCGAAGGCAGACGGAGCAGCAAACCAAACGUGCGAGGAGGCCGUCAACUCGUAUGCACACGCAGGUACCCACACACACCUUCUCUUCUGCCUUAGUCCAGCAGAUUUGAAAGAACUGAAGUUCUUCUCUUUUACAGCCACGGAAUCAACAGCCACGUCUGACUACGCCCAGCAGGUUUAUCAAGGAAACAGCACCGCCGUGACGUCGUACAGCAGCUCGGCGACCUUCCCUCCUCUGGCCCAGUCCACCGUCUACUCAUCCUUCCCCCAGACGGGACAGACCUACGGCCUCCCCCCCUUCGGUGCUAUGUGGCCAGGCAUUAAAACUGAGACAGGGCUGCCUCAGGCGCCCUCUGGUGGCCAGCCUGGGUUUCUCAGCUUCAGCACCGCAUACACCUCCACCCAGCCAGGCCAGCUGCACUACUCAUAUCCCAGCCAAGGCUCGAGCUUCACGACAUCCAGCGUAUAUUCCAACAUCCCAUCAGCCACAGCCGUUACCACCGCCUCCACGGUGACCAGCCACCAGGAGUUCAGCAGCUACAACCCUCUGGGCCAGAACCAGUUCUCCCAGUACUACUCUCUUCCUCCCAGCUACGUGCCGACCGGGUUGCCCAGCAACGACGAGCACAGCGCCGGCGUGGGUCUGACCGGAUAUUCGGCGGUGAAGUCGGAGGACGCUGCCUCCGCGGGACUUCCCCCCAGAGAUGCGUCCCCACCGGAGACCCUCCCAGCAGGAGCAGCCCUCCCACCUGCUGUGGCGCCCCCUGCUGGAGCCAGAGACCAGGACGAGCUCGGACGCAGGAACUCGGUGGGAAAAGCUAAAGGGAAGGCCAAGAAGUUGGACAGCUCCCCGCCGGCGGACAACAACGACCUGGAGCGCAUUUUUCUGUGGGACCUGGAUGAGACCAUCAUCAUCUUCCACUCUCUGCUCACAGGCUCCUAUGCACAGAAGUUUGGCAAGGACCCGGCGACUGUGCUGAACCUGGGUCUGCAGAUGGAGGAGCUGAUCUUUGAGCUGGCGGACACACACCUCUUCUUCAACGACCUGGAGGACUGUGAUCAAGUCCACGUGGAGGAUGUGGCGUCUGACGACACCGGGCAGGACCUGAGUAACUACAACUUCUUAGCCGAUGGCUUCAACGGCGCCAGCGGUGGCGGAGCGUCGGGAACCUCCACAGGAGUCCAGGGAGGCGUGGAGUGGAUGCGCAAGCUGGCCUUCCGCUACCGCCGCUUAAAAGAGAUCUACAACAGCUACAAAGGAAACGUGGGGGGUCUGCUCAGUCCCAUGAAGAGGGAGCUGCUCCUCAGGCUCCAGUCUGAGAUCGAGAACGUCACAGACGGCUGGCUCAGCACAGCGCUCAAGUCUCUGCUGCUCAUCCAGUCCAGGGGGAAGUGCAUGAACGUGUUGGUCACCACCACUCAGCUGGUUCCAGCUCUGGCCAAAGUUCUGCUGUAUGGCCUCGGAAACGUCUUCCCCAUCGAGAACAUCUACAGCGCCACCAAAAUAGGAAAGGAGAGCUGCUUCGAGAGAAUCAUCUCUCGCUUUGGGAAGAAGGUCACGUACGUGGUGAUCGGCGACGGUCGGGACGAGGAGUUUGCAGCCAAACAGCACAACAUGCCCUUCUGGAGAAUCUCGGCCCACGGCGACCUGGUGUCCCUCCAUCAGGCUCUGGAACUGGACUUCUUGUAACCGGGACGCUGUCGGACAUCACACACGAAGGGGGACCUGCCGCCGUCGCCCUGGAGACCCGCGGAGAGCCGCGGUCGGACACGCCUUUCUGCCCUGACUCCCCCCCUGCCCUGACUCCGCCCCCUCCCUCCUCUACGGCAGCUACACUCACCGAGGCUCCAACCCGCUGCUCCUCCACCGACUCUACCUGUUUUCUGUUCAUUAAACCGUCUGUUUGGAAGUUGCAACUGCAGGAACAUGGAAGAUUUGUUUAAGAAUAUUCCUCUGAGCGUUUUCUCAGUCAGAACUCUAGAGCGCAUCGUUUUUCCCUGAUGUUCAUCAAGUCUCAAAUCCUCCUGAUUGAUUUUGUGUCACAGCAGGAAGUGAAGGUUUCAGGCGUUCUUAUGACCAGAGGUCAGCUGAUCCCACCUCCGAGGUCACUGCCCGU